UAUCCAUCAAGAUCAACAGCACGUCCGCUUCAUGGAACUACUCGAGAGGAGCUUAUUUCCAAAAAAUCCAUCUUUCGAGAAAAAUGCAUCCUCGGAUUUUCUCCCUCCUGGCGCAAAGCCAGGUUAUUUAUCUCUCCUACCAGUGUUCCACUUCCACCGUCAAGGCAGCUGGCGUAGCGGCGACGUCGUCGGAUUCUCUCGAGCAGCGGCGCGGCUCCACCGACCUGUUGCAAACGCUCGACGAUACCCACUUGGGCCUCAUUCAUUCGUUUCUGUCUCCCGAGACUGCUGCGAGACAGGACAGCUCUGGUGACGACCCCGUGCGCGGCGCUGAGGCGCGGAAACGGGAGAGAGAGGCCUUCACCCGUGCGGCGGAGCAACACUUUCGAGAAGCC